AUGGCAACAUCACCGUUCAUUCAAGGGACAUCCCUCGACAAUAGAGUAGAGGAUUAUCUUGACGACAAACUUCAAUCGACGACCGAUCUCGAUAGCCUAGACGAACUCCUUGCGAAUGUCGAGCUGCAGCGAAACCAGCUACAGACUCAGCUCGACGAUGCCGUCAAACAGCUCGAGGAAGCUCGACACACCGCAGAGGGCAGAAAAGCCUCCCUCGCCGCCCGAAUAGAAGAAUUCCAGGAGCUUCAGGAAAGCAUCGACCGGCGUGAAGCUAUCGCUGUUGCCUCCGAUGCGCCCGACCAAGCGAUCGCCCGUCUCCAGGCUCCGAUGAAGAAGCUGCGAUCUGUAGAUUUGGCACAGAAAUAUCUCCUGCUGGUCCAGGAUGUCGAGAAGCUCCGCUCCGAGGCUCGCUCACACUUACCCGAGAGCCCUAAGGCAGCCUUGGAGCCAUACAGCAAGCUCAAGCAGAUGGCUUCCAGGCUGAAGGAGCUCCAGGGAGAGGAGUCGCUGCACUUGGUGGAAUAUGUUCAUGGCGUAACGGAGGUGCUUUGGACGGAAAUGAAGACCAUAAUGUCUGCUGAUUUCGAGACGGUCCUUGAGAAACGGAACUGGCCCAAGGUCGACCCGCAAUCGCAAAUGGAUGAUGAGUGGGUGGCAUCCUUCGAGAAACUCAUAGACCUGCAAAUACCCGAGGUCCUUUAUAGCACUGAAGUCGUUGGGCUUUUGCCUCUUGAUGCUAUGGCCAAGAUUUUUGCCGCAGAGUUUCGAUUCCACUUUCUCAGCGACAGGCCGACCAGCGACCCCCAAGCGAUCGGGACCCAUUGCUUCCCCUGGUUUCUGAUGACAGUUGAGAAAUGGGAAGACUUUCUUCGUGAUAACCUUGCGCAUCUUCUUGUGUCCAAGUUCAGGGACACAGGGGCUGCCACUUCGCUGGUCUAUGUUGACCCAGUUUGCGCCUUUAUCACCUCCUUGCUGCCAGUGGUUAGAGAGAAAAUCCGAGAUGUGACCGACAAAGCGGCAGACAAGCCUGCCUUUUUGAGCAGUUUCAUCGCUCAGCUCAUGACAUUUGAUGAGGACAUCAGAUCCAGAUUCAGCUACGAUGGCGGAGACCCAGACCGUGGCUGGAAGGGGUUGGCAACUGAAGUUUUGGACACACAUUUUGAGACCUGGUUCCAGGCCGAGAAGGACUUUACCAUGGAACAAUUCAACUCAAUACUUAGAUCUGAAGAUGGCAGAAAUAUCGACUUUGACUAUGCAGCCGACGGACGCAUGAAACCGACAUACGCUGCUGUCCGAAUCACCGAUCUCCUUAGAAAUACGACUAAUCAGUACAACCGGCUGAGGAAAACGAAACAUAAGAUAAGAUUCCUCAUCCAUAUCCAACUUGACAUUCUGGAGGAGUAUGAUGGCCGCUUGCGAGGGUCGCUUGAGGCAUACCAGGCGAUUACCUCAACCCUCGGAAGGACAUUGCACGGAGUAACAAAGGAGCAGCUCGCGGCACUUGAAGGUACCGGAGCUUUGGAGACCCUUUGCAAAGUCCUAGGAAGUUCGGACCACAUUGUGCACACCUUAAAGGAAUGGAGCAACGAGGAGUUCUUCAUCGAGCUUUGGGAACAACUUCAAGCAGGACCCAAAUCCAGUGACCAAGGCAAUUUAAGUUUCGACGAGGUCAAGGGCCGCACCUCAAGCGCUAUGGGUGAGGUUGAACAAGACGGGGCGCUUUUCGAUGAGAUGAUCGCUUCAUACUCGAUGCGCCGAAGUUCAGCUCAAACCUUGCUUGUGUCGGCACUGGUAGACUCGCACUCAAAAUCGUUCCGAGGCUACUCUAGUCGCGCUCAAUUUACUACCAUCGGUGAUGCAUCUGACCUCGCAGACACUGACAAUCACCAAGAUGACCCUUGGCAGCUUAGCAUCUCUCCUGAGCUUGACGAGCCAUUGCGAAUCCUUAGUCGCAACUUGGAGUUCCUUGUCAAAGCUCUCUCCACGGCCGUGUUCCGCCGUGUCUGGCGUGAGGCACUGGGCAAGCUCCAGGAUCAGCUAUGGCAUGAGGUCUUGCUCCGGCAAUCCUUCACUGCAUUUGGCGCUGCCCAGUUCUUCCGUGACACCAACGCCGUAUUCACCUUGGUAGAUCGAUAUAUUCCAGGCAGCUCGACUGUCAUGGGCACUCUGCUAGAUGGCGUCCGCUUGCUGAAUCUACCCGUCGAACUCAAGGGCGAAGAGAAGGGCUUGACGCUAAAGGAAGCAAGCGACCGAGUAUUCACUGAUAAUGACGAGGCUAGAAAGGUCCUUGCUGACCUACAUCUGGACGCAUUGACUCCGCAAAACUCUAGGUAUAUCUUGCAAAAACGGGUUGAAAAUAGUGAGAAUGUGGAGUGGUAG